AUGCUGAGAGCGUCCUCGCUGGGCCUCAGUUUCCUCUUGCCGGCUUCUGUCACAAUCCGUUCAUGUCGUCGGGUCUACACAGCCAGGAUAGGGUGGAGGCCGUCCGUAUACCUGCGGACCCGUUCCUCAACGUCGACACCAGCUCUUCCACCCUCCAUGGACAUCCAUCCAUAUCACGAAUCGUUGGAUCUGCUCAGUACCAUUGCAAGCCCAAUUGCACCGCAGGCUACACAAGAUCCCAACCUGGACAUUGUAGUGGACGAGGGUAUGCAAAGUCGUCCAUCCGGGACUCAUUUUUCUCCGACCAUCGACCCUCAGUUGAUGCUGAAAUUCAUAACGGACGAACCGCAGAGAAGAGAAAAGGAUGCCGAAGAAGAACAAUUCGUGCGAGCAGAUAUUCCGACAGUUCCUUCCCCUUCAUUCUCUGCCGGAAAACCCUGGAGGAUGCCACACAUCACGUUUGCGUACAUUCCCGACUAUUACAAAAUUCUUCUGUCCAAGGUGACACGAAGCCUCGAAGAGGCAAACGAAAGAUAUGCCGAAUACCUUGUCUUUUCAGAUUUUGCCGGCAACGACAACCAGAACUCGCACACACCUCCUUCCAUCGACAUUCCGAACUACAUCCGGUCACACCUCUACUCUAUGGGCCGAACACACUCCGUCGACGAAGCAUGGCAUUCUUAUGUAUCCCUCAUCGAGAUCAUUUCAAGCACUCCGUACGUCUACGAGCACGUCGACCACAUCCCUCUGCCCCAUCUACACCGUUUCUGCCGACUGUUGGCGCGUCACCAACCGAAAACCCACCGCCAAUACCUUCGCUUGCUUGCGGUCAUGACCUACAUCAGACAUUGCGGUGGAAUCCUUCAGCAAUUCGAAUACAACGCCCUCGUCCACCUUGCGGGCACGGGGUGGCGGAAGACGCGUGUAGAGGAAGUGACGCAUGCCAUGAGCGUCUUCAAUGACCUAAGGGCUGGUCGCCUGCCAGGAUCAGAAGGGUUCCCGACUCUGGAGACAGACCAGAGAUCAAGACUGCAGCCAGACAUCUACACGUUCACAAGCCUCCUGUCGCUUGCUGCACGCGCUAACGACACGUCGGCCUUGAGGAACAUCAGCGGGCUCAUGACAAAGGCCGGCCUGUUGCCCAACAGAAUUACGCAUUUAUCACUCUUACCCCAUUUCACGUCCGCGAAGAAUCUGGGUGGCCUGCGGAUGACGCUGCAGAGGAUGCGUAGCAGGGAUAUGGCGCUCGGGCUGGACGGCUUGAACGCGUGUAUAUGGGCGUACGGGCGCUGCGAAAGACUGGAUAUUGCGAUGGGCAUCUACCGGCUUUUGCGCAACAGUGUCAUUCCAGAGGCGUACAGAGGGCCCGGCGAUAUCCAAGAAACGGUAGCUCAACUCGAAGAGGAGUACAUUGUCGUGGAACCCGACAUCAGGCCCAACAAAGUUACCUUUAUCACCAUCAUCCAGCUAAUGGCCUACAGUGGGCAGUUUCGAGCUGCGAUUAACGUCUUUUACGACAUGCUCUCGUUCGACAACGUUGAAGAAGGAGCCCCUCUUUUCCCCGACGAAUCAGGCCAACUCAAGCCCGCCCCAUAUCGCGCCUCUUUCGCCGUCUAUCGUGCUAUUUUCAUCGGAUUCUCGAAAUACGGCGUUCCGCCCGCCCGUCUCAACAACCAGGACGAGCUCGACUGGACCCUCGAUAACUUGACGGCACUCUUCGAACGUUUCUUGACGCUGCCGAAGGAACGCGACUUGUCACCUGCUCUCGUCCACAUCGUGUUGGCUGCCUUCAACACUACGAGUGGGAGCGACGACGACGCCAUACGGAAAGCUUGGAUCGCUAUGGACGAGAGGUUCGGCAUCGUCUUCCGUAAGGCCAAUUCUGACUCCCGCCUGGUUCGAUUGAAGGCAAGGCUCUUUCCAGACGAAACGUUAAAGCCGGGUUGA